GCAGAGAUAUCAGUGGUGAUGCUUCUCAGCUUUCUGAAGUCUCCUUUUCUUCUGGAGAAACAGCUCAGAUCUUCUGUAAACAUGGAGUCUCUAAUUAUAAUGGGGUCUUCUGGUACAAGCAAACCAGAGAUGCAGCCCCUUCCUUAGUCAUCUACAGUUACUCUAAAACUGAGAAGAAAGAACGGCUGGAGAUGGACACUGACAAAGGGAAUCUGUCUACAGAGCUGUCCAUCAGCAAGGUGGAGAUGGGGACGCCGGGAUCUACCAUUGUGCUGCAAGUGACACAGUGGUGGGAAAUGCAAGGCGAGCUGCACAAAAACCUGAAGAGCUUUGAUCCUCUUCACUGA